AUGUCAACUCAAGAGAACGUUGGCAGUCAGGUAGUAAAUCAAUAUUGGGGAGAAUUAGAUAUUCGUUUACAAGAUAAGGAAAUUCAUAUGGUGACCGGAGUCGUUUUACCCGAAGUUCACCAGCUUAUAUUAGGACUUCCUUAUCUCAUUGGCCAUAAUGCCCGAUUGCAUAUGGAUGAAUACCAAGGAUUUGAGAUGGAUACGCAACCGCACGAGUUGGCGCACAUCUGCAUCACCAAGACCCAACAUUUGCUGCUGUCGUUCUUGCAUCAGGUUCCCGUUCUCCCACCUGUUGCUCUGCUUGUUGAUAAGGUUUUUACGCGUAGAGCGUUCGCUUU